AUGUCUGGUAUUCUAUGGUCUCUGGUCGGCAAGAGGGUUCUCGCUGAGUCUGCGAGAAAUCAUUUUGGCACUGAGGACCCUUACUUUGAAGAAGUCCCUGCAUCCCGUCUCGGAAAAGCCUUUGGCAAGAAGACUCAAAAGCGUCGCAAGGCUAUACCGCCCGGUUUAUCAGAGAAAGAUGCCAAAGUUCUCACCCAGGUCAAGCGCAGAGCAUACCGACUCGACUAUGCUCUGUUCAGCCUGUGCGGAGUCCGCUUUGGCUGGGGUAGCGUGAUUGGUCUCGUUCCCUUCAUUGGAGACGCCGCAGACGCCGCCCUUGCCUUGAUGGUCGUGAGAACAUGCGAAGGAAUCGACGGGGGGCUUCCACCGCGUUUGCGAAUGAUGAUGCUAAUCAACGUGAUUGUCGACUUCUUCAUUGGCCUGGUUCCCUUCAUCGGCGAUGUCGCGGAUGCCGUGUACAAAUGCAACACUAGAAAUGCCGUCAUUCUUGAGAAGCACCUCCGCGAGCAGGGUGCCAAGACACUCAAGAAGCAGACUCAACGACAUGACCUUCCGGCCAUUGAGAAUAGACAAGAAGAACGGGUCAUUGACCACAGCCUUCCAGAGGAAUGGGACAAGCAGGAGAGCGGCGUGGUAGAGAGCUCGCCACCUAGCUAUCGCGAGCACGCGAUGUCAGGAGUCCGGCCUGCAGAUAAUGCAGUUAGCGGACCAGCGAGGCCUCCGCGCGCGAAGAAGUCCCGUGAUAGCCGUCGCUCCAGCAGGUGGUUUGGAGGCUCGCGCCAGCGUGAGGAUGAUUUGGAGCGAGGGAGAUGA